UGAAAGGAAAAAGAAACGAGGAUGCACAAAUAAGAAUUGAGAAGCACCCCUGCAGUCUGCAGACAGAGCCUUCUCCUCUUGGAGAACACUUCUUUAUAAAGCAUAUUUUAUUUUAGAUGGACUAGAAAUAAUUUUUAAUUUAUAAAGUUUUAUUUUUAAAUGUAAGUCAGUAACAAUUGGCUGAAGCAAAUUUAUUUUUCAAAAGGAGACCCUACCCCAUUUUGGAGAUCUGCAGUUAUACACACUUGGAAGAAUGGGUAAUCACUGGCACAAGCGUCGUAAAACCGGAGGGAAAAGAAAGCCCUAUCAUAAGAAAAGAAAAUAUGAACUGGGUCGCCCUCCUGCCAACACAAAGAUCGGCCCCCGUCGUAUUCACACAGUGCGCGUGAUGAGAGGCAAUAAGAAAUACCGCGCGCUGAGACUGGACAGGGGGAACUUUGCCUGGGGCUCUGAAUGUUGCACUCGCAAAACCAGGAUCAUUGACAUUGUGUACAAUGCCUCUAACAAUGAGCUUGUGAGGACCAAGACCCUGGUGAAGAACUGCAUUGUUCUGGUAGACAGUACACCGUUCAGGCAGUGGUAUGAAGCCCACUACGCCAUUCCACUGGGCCGCAAGAAAGGGGCAAAGCUGACUCCAGAAGAGGAGGAGAUCUUGAACAAGAAACGGUCAAAGAAGGUUCAGAAGAAGAUUGAUGGACGCAGGAAGAAGAGCAAGAUUAGCAGUUGGCUGGAGGAGCAGUUCCUGCAGGGCAAGUUUCUUGCCUGUAUUGCGUCCAGGCCUGGUCAGUGUGGCAGAGCAGACGGAUACAUCUUGGAAGGGAAAGAGCUGGAGUUCUACCUCCGAAAGAUCAGAGCCAAGAAAGGCAAAUAGACAACUGAAUGCAGCGUUUUAUACUCAAGUACCUAUUACAGUCCUGGCAAACUUUCAUUGUGGCUGGUAAGGGGGGCGAUCCCUCUACAUUCAUCAGGAACUGCAAAUUAUUAACAUAAAGUAUAGUUGUAAUCUCCAAUGGAUAACAUGUAUGUGAUUCCAAAGUUACCCACAAGGAACUAUUUUCCAGCUUCCAACUUAUAAUAUUUCUAAUUUGGCAGGCCCAUUAAUACCAUAGAAAAUUUGGAAGUCCUAAGCCCCCUUUCCGACAUGAUUUCAUUAAAGUAGACAACUUAAUUCGGGGAGUCUUAUUGUUCCAUAUAAACUUUUUUAAACAUCUAUUAAUUAAUUUUAAAAAAGAAAAAGAAAUAUAACAUGGUAACAUAUUAAAAGCAUAAAUAAACUUAGGGAGUAUACUCAUUUUAAUAACACAGAUUUUCCCGAUAAGAGAUAGUAGGAGAACAGACCAAGUCUGAAGUUUUUUUUUACAAUUCUCCAGUAAAGAGUUAUAGUUGUUCUUAAAUAAUUUAUCCAAAACGAGUGUCACUUGUAUUUCCAAAUAUUUAAAACCAUAUGCGGACCAAGAGAUAGGACAUUCUUUUCUAACAUUUUCUUCAUUUGAAAUAUUAAGAGGGCAAGCAAUUGAUUUUUGUAAGUUAGCCUUAUACCCUGAAAUCCUAGAAAAUCUUUGAAUAUCUGCCAAAACAUGGGGCAAAGUUAACAUAGUUUCAGUGACAAAAAGUAAAGUAUCAUCCGCAUAUAGUGAAAUUUUGUGAUAUUGUGUACCUGUAGUCACUCCCUUUAUCAUAGGAUUAUUUCGAAUCAACUCAGCAAACGGUUCUAAAGCAAUAACAAAUAAUAAUGGAGAGAGAGGGCAACCUUGUCUGGUACCUCUUCCUAAAUACAUUAAGGGAGAUUUCACAUUAUUAGUGCAAACAGUUGCAUUUGGAGUAGCAUAUAUUGUUUGAAUCCAUUGAAUAAAAUUAUGACCUAAUUUGAAGUUAUCUAGUACUAAAAACAAAAAAUCCCAUUCUAAGCGAUCAAACGCCUUCUCGUCAUCGAGGGAUAUUAAUAGUGAAAGUGUUUUUUACUGAUUCAAAUAGUGAAUAUUAUUAAAUAGCCGUCUAGUAUUGUCAGAUGAAUGACAGCCUUUAAUAAACCCAGUUUGGUCUAACUAUUAAAUUAGGGAGAUUUUUUUCUAAUCUCUUUGCUAACAGUUUUGUGAUAAUUUUAUAAUCACUGUUAAGUAGACUUAUAUGAUGCACAACUCUGAGGAUCUUUCCCUUCUUUCAAAAUAACAGAGAUUCUAGUUGGGUCAGUUAGAAUA